AUACAGCGAAGAUUAAAGAAAAUAGACGAUGAAGUUAAAAACUUGAAACUUCGUGUAAACUUAUUGAUAUUAUAAGCACAAAGAACUCUAAUUCUUAGGAUUUGUGCCAGUUUAUCUUUUAACAUUUUCAUUUUACUUAUUCUAGGAUAUGGUGAACAAGUGUUUUAUAUGAUUUUUGUCGAGAUAGUGGUUCAAAUAUGAAAAAACAAAUGAUAAAAGAUCCUAAUUAACGACUUGUCAUUCAAUCAUAUGGUAGUAAUUAAUGAUGUCAGUGUUUGUUUACUAAUGACUAUAUUGAUAAACAUCUCGCGAUGAACCUUCCUGGAACCGCUGGAGAGUCUUCGUGUAAGCGACAAGAAAAUGGCGACGGCUCUGAGACUGAACGCCCACUGAAAAAGGCACGCUUCGCAUGGGAAGUUAAAGGCAAAUAUCAUUUGAGAAAUGAAUUGUCUCAGGGAAAACCGAAGCCGGAGGCGACGAAAGCCGGCUCCUCGUUGGAGCACGAAGCCAAAUUGAUCGGGAAUACUGAACAAAAUCUCGAAAUUUUGGGUGAUUAUUUAUUGAAGCAGGAUUUCAAUACUUUAGACUCGAUCACUGAUAGCAAUGCCUUAUUGCCAAGUACAAGCAUAUCCACUGAAAAAAUCUCGUAUCCUAGAUAUGUAAGCAGCUUUGAGAGUAGUAGGGGCAGAAGUGAAAGUGGCAGUAGCAAUGUAUGUGCGCCUAUUGUGGCGAAAUCAGUGGUUUAUUCCAAUAAGGAUUCUGAAGACCAGUGUAUAGCUAAAUGGCAGGCAAGACAGAUGGCCAAAUGUUUUGUUGACAACACAAUUAACCGUGUUCUCGACAGCUGGAUGAUUGCACCCCUACCUGCUGAGAUGGACAACAACUCCAUGCAUGGAGUCUUUGCACUGGAUGCAGCAGAGUUCAUUAACAACUUACCUGGUGAUAACAGUAUUGAAAACGAAGCUAUACUCAUGGCUAUAUCGGCACAUGGUCUACAAAACAACUCAAGUUCCAGUAACGAAACAAAUAAUUUAUCUCAGAGUUCAAGUAAACACUUAUCAAUAUCUCCCCCUAGCAGUCCCCUACCGUCAGACGAUGAAAUAAUUCAAAGCAAUCCAUGUAAUACUGAGCAGAAUCAAAUCGAUGAAAAUUCCUCUAACGAUUUUGAUAUGACCUGGUCAUCGAAUGAUGUGAAACAAAAUGAUAACAGCAAUUUGCCUGUAUCAUUUUAUCCGGACACAUCCAAUUUUUCAUAUCAAUAUUUUAGUGAGUCGGAUAACCCGAAUAGUAGUAACACUGGGUACGAUGGAGAGGAGAACUUAAACUCGAAUGACAAUAAUCAUUUUGAUUUCUUAGAUGCUGCUGUUUCCUUUGCUAUACAAUAUAAAGGUUUGACAUCAUAUGGGACAGAUUAUGGAUAAUUUCUAAUAGACUAAGAGCCUCUACACCCUAGAAAUCGUCAUUUUAUAAAAGCUGAAAGUUUUUCAGCUCAUGCUCCUUACAUAAGUAUGGUAGCCAAUUAUGGAGUUUGGAUUUUUUUUUUUCUCCUUUCUCUUAUACUGUUACUCGGCAAUCUGUCAUUCGACAUUGAGCCGUUUGUCUGUUGGUUAGAGGUUAUGGGUCAGAGGGAGUAAGUCCAUUAACAAAUCUCCUAUUAUGCUGUAUUCUAGCUAUUUUUCUUGGCUAGAUUUUGAACACUGUUGCGUUUCAGUCUGCAAAAAAGCAGGCUGCUGUCUCCUUCUAGAUUGUUUGCCAAGUCAUUGAUAUGCAUUGCUAGUCGCUCCUGAUAUUUGAUACUGUAGCACUGUAUUUCCUGUCUGACUGUCUUAACAUUAAGAUCACUUUGGAUAUUCUUGUUACUUAUGUAUGGCGGGAUGUUAAAAAGACAGUGGAGUUUGGACUGUGGAGGUUUUUGGAGGUAGCAGGUUUUAAGAAUCCAGACCCUUAACCGUCUAAGUAUAAAGUGUAAUGUUUUUUUAUGUUUUCUUCGGCAUAAUAUGAGAAAUUAUGUUCCCAGUCGCCAGUCACUUAGCUUCGCGGCAAACCUUCGAAAAAUACUAUUUAAUUUGAGACUUCAACAGUCUCUACAGAAGAGUUGCCAUGAAGCCAAGUGUCUUGCGAAUGGGGAUAUCAUUUCUCAUUUUAUGCAGAUAAAAAUAUAAAAAACAUAUACAUAGGCGGUUGAGGGUCUGGAUCCUUGAAACCAGGUAUCUCCCAAAGCCACCACGGUCCAAACGCCAUAAUUGGUUUCGGUACUCAUCUAUUGUAGGAGCAUGAGCUGACAAACUUUCAGCUUUUAUAAAAUGACGAAGGUCUGGCAGUUGCUGGCUCUUCAUCUAUAAUAUAGUUAUUUCUAUGAUUUUAAUUUUAAGUAUGAUUACUAUAUAUAAUUUUUGUAAUGCAAAUUAGUGGCUGAUAAUCAAGGAGCACUUGACUGUAAGUGAUUACCGGCACCUGUGAAUAUCUCAUACACGUAGGCCUGAGGUGCGCCACGAGAUAUCUCAUUAAAAGAAAAAGACAUACGUCGAACAAUUAUAGGGCAUCGAAAAUAUUUCUCUUUCGUUUUCUCACAAAACAAAUGAGAGAGUAAUAUUUUCGAUUCCGCCGCUAUUGGUCGAUAAUAAGUCUUUUUCUCUUCACGAGAGUCGUUGACGUUUUUAAGCCUACUGAUUAGUUGUAAGAUUAGCCAUCCAUAUACAUUGUAGGAUUUUGAGAAAUUCUUAAUUUGGCCCUAUCGACCUCUUAAAAAGUGGAUGCACAAUCAGAAACCAAAAAACAUCCCCACUCAGUGAGUACCAAACACAACUUCUUGGCACUCAAUUUAAGUAUUCGUAUUUGCAAAUUCAACCUUAAACUCAAUCUAAUUAGGUAUAUUUUACUUUACCAAUAAUUCUAAAACUGUCAAAGCAAAAUUGGUUUUUAAGUGAAAUUUUCUACAUGAUUGUGCGUCCUUUUAUUGUGAGAGGUUAAUGUUUGGCUCUUUUAUAACUGCAACUUUGUAUAUAUUAUGAUUGUUACUCUUUAAUGCCUCGAUUACUUAAAUGAUUUAGCUGAAAUUUGUAUUGAAAAUAGAUUAUAUCCUAGAUUAACACUCAAGUUGUCCCAAAAGAAACCAUGGUUCCUGCAAGAUUUGCGAGAAAUUAAUUGUAAUGAUGGUAUAUAUGAACUCUUUCACGCAAAAACUAGUGACUGGAUAUAGCUGUUAUUUGGACAAAAAUUGUGGUAACCAUAAUUUUGCGUAUGUCGGCAUCAGCUGGUAUAAUAGAUUUUUGUAUUUAUAUAUGUUCCACACAUGUUUGUUAUAUAAAUUAUAAUGCAGUAAAAAAACAGCUGGUUUUUUGUUAAGUUUGUGCUAUAAUUUUUUUUUUUUGGGAUUUCACACAUGCGGUUAAUGACGACUUUCACAAUUUACAUUAUAAUAAUGACCCUAAUGUCCAGUACUUGGGAAUAUAAUAUGAAAGGGUGAAAUAUCCCAAAAAAUGCAGGAUUUCUAAAAUAGUGGUAAAUUUUAAAUACACACUCCCAAAAAAAGAAUUAUAGGUCAAACUUAACUCCUGCAUUAAGAAGUAUUAUGGGUACAUUCUUCAAACGGAAUCUUGAAAAAAUAUUUUUAUUGUAGGUAGGUGUACUUUUUCUAGAUAAAUAUUUUUUGUUUUAAAAACUUGUGUAUGUAAUUUUUGGUUCACACGUUAACUAGCUUUUGAGUUGACAGUUAAACAAGUUUUUUAAACAAUAACUCAAAUAAUGCAUGAUUACAUGAUUUUUCCAUGAACAUACUUUUUGUGAUAUUAUUUUUUUAAUUAUACUCUUAAAUUGACUGUCAAAUAUAAGUAAUUAUAAAAAGUACAAAUUAUUAUUAUUAUAAAUUUUGGUAUGAAUGGUGGUUUAUAGGUAGAUACAUUUACUGUUACUAUUUUUUUUUCAUAUCCCGCACUAUUACGAACGAAAUUCCUAACAAUCAAUGCAACUGUAAAUUAGAAGUGUCUAUUUUGCAGAUAAAUAUCAAUGUUGUAUAGAUGUAAAUUACUAGAUUGUUAAAUUUCCCAUAUGACGUCACGAAUAGUUAAAAUAAUGGAUAUAGAGCCUAUGCGGUUAACUUGACACCUCGCUCGAAUGAUGUUUGUUUGGUUGUGUUUGGUAGCCAAAUGGUCUAUUGACAGUUUGAUACUGUUACUAUCGCGUUAACGUAAACGCGAAUUUCUAAGGAAUUGAAACAGCGCCAUCUAGUGGCACUGCUGCACAACUGUUCCAAUUCCAUAUAAAUUUGCGUUUACGUAAACGCGAAUUUCUCAGGAAUUGAAACAGCGCCAUCUAGUGGCACUGCUGCACAACUGUUUCAAUUCCAUAUAAAUUUGCGUUUACGUCAACACGAUAGUAACAGUAUGAAAAUAUUGAAAACUCCAACUAGGAACACUGGUGUCAAGUUAAUGCGCACGAGUUAUAAGUUGGAUUCUUGUAGACCUAGCAUGCGACCAAACGACGUUUCUCGUGAAUAGAAAUAGACAAAUGCCAACCAAUAGCAGCGGAAAUAUAGCUUUCGUUGCGUUGGGACGAAAGAUAUGGAACUGGUACUACUUCUACUGGUUUAUAUUUUGUCUAUUUCUCUUUACGAUAUAUGUUAGUCGCAAUUGACGUAUUAUACUUACUAAGAGUGCUGAAUUCUUACAAAACGUACUUAUACCAAUUGGUCUAUACAUAUUAAUUUGUCUAUUAAAUCUAAUUUCCUUUGCGCUUGUAUAUAACCAGAAGCUGUGUGUCUCGCUCUUUCAUCAUCGCGCUGUGAUGCCCUGCCACCGCACAUUUACGUUAUCGCUGAUAUCUAAAAUCUUGUAUUGCGUAACGCACGAUGUUCCAAAAAGUCAUAUAAUGUGCUUGCUAUUACUAAUACUUGCCGUGAUAGCCCAGUGGAUAUGACCUCUGCCUCCGAUUUCGGAGGGUGUGGGUUCGAAUCCGGUCUGGGGCGUGCACCUCCAACUUUUCAGUUGUGUGCAUUUUAAGAAAUUAAAUAUCACGUGUCUCAAACGCUAAAGGAAAACAUCGUGAGGAAACCUGCAUACCAGGGAAUUUUCUUUCUUUCUCUUAAUUCUCUGCGUGUGUGAAGUCUGCCAAUCCGCAUUGGGCCAGCGUGUGGACUAUUGGCCUAACCCCUCUCAUUCUGAGAGGAGACUCGAGCUCAGCAGUGAGCCGAAUAUGGGUUGAUAAUGAUGAUUAAUAAUACUUACUAAUACUUUGUCAUUAGAAAAACUGACUACUUCAUACUUCUCCGGCGAACGCUCAUAAAUCAUCACGCAAUCUGAUGAAAUAAAAUUUUCGUUUAGUUAAGCGUAAAGGUCAACACUGACUAGCUCCAUACUGCACAAUCUUUUGAAUUCAUCUAAAUUCUGUGCUCUACUGCGGUAAAUUAUGUCGGUGAUGACCUUAAUAUGAGCUCAGCCUUUUAAGUAGGGUUCAGUUUUUAUUAACCAAUUUUGUAUUACAAAUUAAGUUAUGUGUUAAGUGAAAUAUUUUUAUACACUACGACUGCUAUGUCGAACUUUAAUAGGUAUUUAAUUUUGUACUCGAAUUUUAUUUACUUUUAAUGUAAAAGAUAUAUUUUUUGCUGUUGUGCAAUGUAAAAUAGUUUAACAGAAUUUAAAAUAUAAAUGAAUAAUUUUGUUUGUAGUUAUAAACGUUGUAUGCGGAAGACAUACUAUGAGUAGAUACUGUGAAUAAAGUAUGUAUAAUGUAUAUCCAA